GAAUUUACGGAGCGGAAAAUAAUAAGUGAACGGUCAUUAAUUCGUUUGUUCAUAUACCGUUCGGGAAAAUGUCGAUCGCUGAUUAUUGUGUUCGAUUUUAUAUUUCCUCGGCGUUUCUUCAGUGGCUGUGAUGGUUCAUCAAAGCGAUGCUUUUAUUCACUGGGUUUAGGCGUCUAGUUAUAAUAUCGCUAAAGAAGAGGUCAUCCCAAAGUAUCAUACAGUAACCACUAACCAUGUCAUUUUAUCCAAAUGAGUCGAUGCUUACAAGUAUCAUAGGGAGUGUUUUAACUUCUCCCUUGAAAGAAUCAUACGGACCCUUCUACGCCUUUGCAGAAUCAUCCAACAUUUCGGCAAAUGUGUCCGAGGCCGACAGUGUGACGGUGGUACCACUGGGUCCAACAACAACCGCUCACCACUCUGAACACCCGGCGGCCCAGAAUGGCUCGUCCGCUGAGCACGCCGAGCAUGAGGAAGGCGAGGAGCACCACCCGUACGUCAUUCUGUUCCUCAUGGUGUCGUUCGCCACCGGGGUGCUGGUGCGCGGCAUUAUCAAGAAGCUGACGUGGUUCAAGCUGCCUUACACGGUGGUUUUGCUCAUGCUGGGUGCUCUGUUCGGCCUUGUGUCAGCCCGAAUACCAGCACUGCAGCUCUACACGGCGUUAGGAAGAGAAAAUCCGCAUGUGAUCCUGCAUACUUUUCUGCCUGUUCUCAUCUUCGAGUCAGCGUUCGCUAUGGAGACGCACACCUUCCUCAGAAGUAGCUUUUCGAUCCUCGUACUUGCCAUUCCGGGGAUGUGCAUAGCGGCGGCGAUGACGGCCGUGCUGGCCACCUUCCUAUUCGACUACUACUGGAACUUCAAGGAGGGCCUACUGUUCGGAGCCGUCACGGCCGCCACAGAUCCCGUGGCGGUCGUCUCGCUAUUGAGAGAAGUCGGUGCCUCGAAGCCACUGAGUAUGCUAAUUGAAGGCGAGUCGCUGAUGAACGACGGAUCGGCGAUCGUUUUGUUCCUUAUCAUGCUGGACAUCUGCAAAGGAACGGCGGAGGUGGCAGUGGGCCCGAUUUUGGCUCGGUUCUGUCAGAUUGCCAUUGGUGGGCCCAUUUUCGGGAUCGCCUGCGGCCAUUUCUUCGUGUUCUGGCUCUCUCGGAUAUUUAACGACGCCGUCUCCGAAAUCACACUGACUAUCGUGGCGGCGUACUUCACCUUCUACGUCGGGGAAGUUCUCCUGGAGGUGUCGGGAGUGAUGGCAGUUGUCUGCUUAGGUGUCGUCAUCAACUCGAAGAAGACGUCCAUUUCGCCAGAAGUUGAGCCGUCCUUGCACAUGUUUUGGGAGAUGCUGGCCUACCUGGCCAAUACUGUGAUCUUCAUCCUCGUCGGUAUUGUCAUCACGGAACAGGCCGCCGUCGUCUUCACCAACAAAGAUCUUCUCGACAUUUUCGUCCUCUACAUCGGCGCCAACUUCAUCAGAGGCGCGAUGGUGAUGAUGUUCUUCCCGCUGCUGUCGCGCAUCGGCUACGGCCUGUCGUGGCAGUCGGCUCUGGUGAUCAUCUGGGGCGGCCUGCGCGGCGCCGUCGGCCUCUCGCUGGCGCUCAUCAUCUACCAGGACCCGCUGCUCGGCUCCGGUGUCACUCGGAACGUCACCAUCAUCGGGCCCGACGGCAACGACGUGGUCGUCCACAAGGUCGUCGGAGAAAAGUUUCUGAUCCACACGGCGUCACUGGUGUUCUUCACGCUGUUUAUAAACGGCACCACCACGGCGCCGCUGCUGCGCAUCCUCGGCAUGUCGGAUAUCAGCGCCGCAGCCAAGAUGAACAUGGCCCACGCCAUAGCGCAGCUGAGAGAGACCAGGAACAAGACAAUUUCGAUGCUGAAGAUGGACCGUUUCCUAGCAGACGCCAACUGGGACAUGGUGGAAAAAUACACCUUUAUCAUCAACCCCUACCACAAGAAGGACACUGACGAUAAAAAGUUGAUGAUUGAUGAGUUCCUGUACCCAAGCAUGCGCUACUCCAACUGUCCAGAGUGCAACAGUCGAGUGUUCAACGAGCCGACGCCCAAAGAGCACUUCGAGAUGGCCAACGACGCUCGGGUCCGCUACCUGAAGACCGAAAAGUCCGCCGGCGCCGUGGAUGGCGAGACGGGCGAGCUGGUGCCGGAGGCGGGCGGCAGCGCGGCGGCGCCCGACGGCGACGACGUCAGUCAGUCGGAGAGCACGACCAGCGACUGGACGGCGCAGCAGGACGACGACAGUGACCUGGCAGACGAGGAGGCAGGGCCCACCUACGAGGAGCUCGACGAUGCCCGACGUCGCUACCUUCAAGUGGAGCGGAUAUCGUACUGGCGUCAGUUUGAGCACGGUAUGAUCAGCGCCGAGGCUGUGAGGACGCUGGUCGGAUCGACCGAGGUGGCUGCCGACAUGGAGGGAGCCUUCCUGUCCAUCGACGAGCUACGGAAAUCCUGGGAGGUGCGCGGAGCGUUCGCCUGGAUGCGGCAGCGGCUGGAAACUGUCGCUCGCUCCACAGAGCUGGACGAAGAAGAAGGCGAUCUGCCUCAGGCUAGCUGGCGACAGGCUAUUUACCGUAAAGUGGUCAACACCACUUGGUUCGAGGUGCUGGUGUACACGGUCAUUCUGCUCAACAUGGUCCUCAUGAUACUGGAGCUGACCAUGUUCGAUAAGAUGGCCAAAGAGGACGAUCCCGAGCACCAGGCUCGCAUCCACAGCAUGGAGCCGGACCACAAGAACUCUGCACACCGCAAACUGGAGCUGCUCCGCUUCUCGGUCAAUAUAUUCUUCUUCCUAUUCUACGUGGCCGAAGCAGUGCUAAAGAUUAUCGGUCUGGGAUUCUGCAACUACUGGAGCACCCACUGGAACAAGCUGGACUUUGCCGUGGUGCUGCUGUCGAUGGGAGACAUCACAUUCGAAGUGUGCUCACUCAUCAUCCGCGAGGGAAUCGACGAGAAGUUCAAGAUCAUCAGCCCGGCAAUCCUGCGCAACAUUCGAUUCCUUCGCCUGUUCCGCUUCACCCGAGUGCUGCGACUCAUCAAGCCGAUGGUGCCGCGGAUUUUGGACUUUUUGAACCGUCAGAUCAACCAGCGGCUGUCGCUGGGCUACGACAUCGGCAAGGGCUAUGUAGUGGGAGAGGAGGAGGUGGCCAAGUACAUCAACCACAUGGUCGACCACAAACAGAUACUGGAGAGCCUCAAACGGCUCUCAGACGAAAGCAGGCUCAUGGUGAUCCGAGACUUGGGAAUGCUGCAGCGAGAACACCCUGGCAUUGCCAUAGCCGUGAAGACGCGCCAGGCAGUCCGCUCGGUCCUAAACAACGUCAGGGAAACCAUCACCGAACUCAAGGAAGGAGGCUUAUUGGACGAGGCCGAGUACUCGCGACUGGAGCACAUUAUCGACGAUCGCGUCAAGCUGCUGAUGGUCGCCCCACCGUACCUGCCGCCGCUGCCGCCCACCGAGCUGCUCAAGAACAUCCACUGGGUCGGCAAAAACCAGCUCCUGGUCGACCACCUGGAGAGUCAUGCACAACUAGUAAACCUGGACUUUGGUGACAAAGUGAAGGACUACGGAGAUGCUCCUAACGGCAUUUACAUCAUAGUCUCCGGUAUGCUGAGAGUAGAAUGCCGUGAACCCGCCAAGCUUCAUGAAGAGAUUCUGAAGACGGGCGUGCUGCCCAACUCGGAGAUCCUGGCCCCCUCGUACGAGGUGUCCGUACUGCGCGACUACGUCGGCGCCGGUAAUGUGAUUGGCGAGGUGGGGGUACUGACUGGCCGACACCGGGACGCCAGCGUCGAGUGUGAGACCGCCGUGCAGGCCUACUACAUCUCCAACGAGGUGAUGGCAGAGAUGCGUUCCAAGUUCGGCGAAGGCCCCGAGAACCUCGAGUACAUGAUGUGGCGCAGCAUCGCCAUGCGAGUGGCAAUCAACGUGCUGAUGGACCAGUCCCAGUACCAGUCGUGGACGCAGCAGAGGAUAAAAAUCUACGUAGAGAAAUGCUUCCUUCCCAAGCUGGACUACAAGAAGACAUUCACAGCGGUUGAUUAUUUGGAAGACGUGAUCUUAGUGCAGGGCAAGGCGAUGAAUCCCCAUACCAGAGAGGUGUUCACGGCGCCGACGUACGUGCCGCGCACGGUGCACCAGCUGGCCUUUCUGACGGAGCGCCGUUCGAGCACCAGCGGCUCGGCCGUGCUGCCGCGGCUGCUGGUCAUCCCCGGCGCCGACAUGCCGCAGUCAGACAUCUGGGAGAUGAUGGGAUACGACGCCGACGCCAUCGCCACCAAGACUGUCAGCUCGGUGGCCAGCUGUAACAUCCACACCAAGUCGUCCCGCGGCCUGCUGGCCUCCCGGCCGUCACUGUCCGGAGCCAACCGAGCGUCGCCGUCCAUGCCGAGGGUCGACGAGUAGCGACGGAGGUUCGGGAAUCAGGAAGGGCCAGUCGGUCAAAGAUGGAUGCAGAAUCUCAGCUAGGUGAGGGACAGAGCUGGUCCUCAGGCAGCCUAGACUCAGCACUGCGAUCCCGCCUUCAAAGAGGCUGAUUUUCGUCAGAUUUCAGUUGUACCUAAUGAUAAACUGCAUCAAUAUCUAUUUGAGCUCGGCGAUUAAGCACAAACAGCAUUCGCAGAGCAUUUAGGACGUGCGAUGUAACAAUGUAGGUUGUAGAACUUGGAAAGUUGUAUGCACAUGAUGCAAUCAUGAGAUGUAAAUGCUCGCAAAUAAAGGUUGUUGUCUGUUCACCAUUACAAA